AUGGACUACCUCGCCUCUUUCUAUCCUCCCAUAGGUCUGCGAAGACCACUUCCGGCACUACUUGGUCCAACGGCACAAUUACUCACGAUCAUACCAUGGCUAUUCCCAACGAAGCAUGGCAGGGUCAUUACGACAUUCCCUCUACUCCUCGGCAUCACACUAUCCCGGCCGUACUUUACAGCAGGCUCUGCCCUCGAUGACUACAACUCAGCAAGCCAGUUCUUCGCCAGCCUAGCGGUGUCCCUGGACUUUCUUGUGCUUCAGUCUAGCACAGAGGAGGCGCCCCGCUGGAUCGGUCCGUCUAAAGUGCUCGCAAUAGACGGUCGAGCGAGUGAAACAGAUGCCGAAGCGGAGGGCGCAAGUAUCGAUGACAAGCGUGUUUCGCUCUGGGCACGCUUCAAGCUAGCUCUUCGACUCAGCCUGUAUGGGAGAGGUAUUGGCUGGAACUGGCAAGUCAAGAACGUCCCUGCCUGUACCGAUGCUCACCUGGAGAAGUGGGCUUACGUCCGUAGACGCUUACUCCUGGCAAUCCCUGCGCUUGUGAAGAAGAGCCUGACUGUCUAUCUUUUGGGAGCCGCAAUGAUCUCAAGAAGCAGUGCAGAGACGAAAGUCCAGCAGAGGCUACUGGAUGUUGCUGUCGGCUGGCUCUCUGCUGCUAAUACGUGGCACAGUAUGAACAUGCUCACCAAUAUAGGCGCAGCAGUGACCGUAGCUGCCGGUGUUUUUGAGCAAUGGGAAUGGCCGCCAUUCUUCGGUCCGCUGAAGGAGAUGUGGAGCGUGAGACAGGCCUGGAGUGUUGUCUGGCAUCAGCUCAUGCGCAGGACUUUCCAGCAACCAGCUCUUCGGUUGAGGAGACUCCUCGGCAUCAAGAAAGGCACUCUUUCCUCGAAGUAUUUUCAGCUCUAUUUGGCGUUCGCGAUAAGCACGGUCUUCCACGAAUGGGAUAUUUUCGUUGCAGCCAGACGGGAUGUAGGCGAGCUUCGCUUCUUCAUGCUGCAGCCUCUCGUUAUCACAAUCGAAGACUUGGUCAGAUGGUGCUGGCGGAAGUACUCUGAACGCUCCGAGAACGAUCAACUGACGACUUUUGAAAGAGUUUUUGGGUGGACGUGGACCUUUCUUUGGUUCUCAUACUGCAUUCCACCUUAUGCAAAUGGACUGCUCGAUGCCAAAAUCACCGCAUAUGACAGUCGCUGGCUCUUGAUGCUUGGUCAGCGACAUGCUAUGGACCUUGGACAUUCGCUACGAGGAUGA